AUGUCCCCCUUCCUAAGGUGGGACACUGUGACACAUGACUGGCUGGUGUGUGAUCAGUGCCCGCCAGGCACCUUCAUGCAGCGGCCCUGUGGCCAUGAGAGCCCCACAGUGUGCAACGCGUGCCCACCUAUGCACUAUACACAGUUCUGGAACUACUUGGAGCGCUGCUGCUACUGCAACAUCUUCUGUGGGGAGCACGAGGAGGUGCGAGCCUGCAGCGCCAGCCACAACUGUGCUUGCUGCUGUGGGCCCAGCUUCUUUGCCCAUGCCGGCUUCUGCCUGGAGCAUCUACCGUGCCCACCUGGUGCUGGCGUGCUCACUCCUGGUGGGUGUUGGGGAUGGGGACACGGGCUGGGUGCUCCAGCCCUGCUGCUCAUGACCCCAUCCUCCCAUGCUCCACUCCAGGAACCCCCAGUUGGAACACAGUGUCAGCUGUGCCCUGUGGGUACCUUCUUGGACAGCAGCUCAAGCACACAGUGCUGCCAACCCCACUGCAACUGUACAGCCCUCGACCUGACCCUCAACGUAGCCGGCUCCUCCUUCCACAAUGCCAGGUGCACUAGCUGUCCCAGCUUCUCUCUCAGCGCCCUGGAGCCAGGUGAGCCAGGGCAUGCCGAGUGUGAACAUGCCCUUAUGGACUUCGUGGCCUUCCAGGAUAUUUCUUUCAGGAAGCUGUUGGGGUUGCAGCAGGCCCUGGACGGCCAAACCACAGGAAGAUGGGGCGGAGAGCCACUCAGACUGGCUUUGUCACCCUUCACCCUGGACAGAUGUAGCUCUGGCCGUGUGCCCUCAGUGGCUGAGCACAUGGGGAGGACCCAGUGUUCCUGCUGUUCCACCUGCCAUGCAGAUACGGGGUGA